GGCCGGCCGAGCGGCCGAGGCUCUCGCCGCUGCUCUCGCUGCUCUCGCUGUCGCGGCUCUCUCUGCCGCACACGCCGGGCGGCAGGGCGGGCGCGGAGCCCCCAGCCCCGCCAUGGAGAAGCAGCCCGGCGGCGAGGACGAGUGCGUGGACUCGGGAGCGGAGACGGGCGGGUCUGAGUAUAGCCGAAUGUCCUCUACCAGCAGUGAACUUUCUGUGAAAGGCACACAAGACCCAUUCCUUGUUAGUGUACAUAUUAUUACAGACCCAGGUGAAUCCAUGACUCUUCAGCAGGCCAUUGAUAAGCUUCUAGCCUGGAUCCAUCCAGACCUCCAGCUGUUUCGGGUCUCAGAAAGACGAGUGCCCAGGAAGCGCAGGAAGCCAGCCAAGGCUGGUGUUUCUCAGCCAGCCCUUGCUGUCAUUCUGUUCCUGCAGGAGGAAUAUGGAGAAGAAACCAUCUUGCAGCUCCAUGAAACUUUUCAGCGGCCACCUUGGCAUUACCACCACACAGAGCUCCUGCAUGGGAAAUUCCUCCCUUACAUGCCAUGCAGCCAAGACUUUUACACUUUGGCUCCAGAGACUCCUCUGUGGGCCAUUCGCCCAGUGCACUACGGGAAGGAAAUGAUCCGCUUCACCAUAUACUGCAAGAAUGAGAAUUUUUUGGACAUUCUGAAAUUGUAUGAGUUAAUAUUGAAAAGACCAAUGUGUCAGAAAAAAGCGGACUUCUGUGUUUUUCCUGUCUAUUCUAACAUGGAAAUAGACAUUCAGUUUUCUUUAAAAAAGCUCCCAAAGGGACAAGUUCCAGUGAGGACAGAGUCAGCCGUGCUGGAGUUCAGAGUAAAAGACGUGGGGCAGCUUGUGCCUCUCUUGCCCAACCCUUGCAGCCCCAUCAGCAAAGGCAGGUGGCAGACAGAAGACCACGAUGGAAACAGGAUCCUUUUGCAGCAAACACACAGUUGGUGUAGGAAGUCUGCAAAGCAGAAGAAGCAACCAUAUCCAUCUGUGUCAACAGAUUCCCACUUCACCACUCUGCCAGCCUUUCUUCCUCAGAGCCACCAAUCUGUCUCUGAGCAGCCACAAGAAACGGGUCAAAAAAAGGUGCAUCACACAAAUGGCCUUGGUCAUUAUCUUGGUUUCUCCCAGCAGGACUUGAGAGACAGUGAUCCAGGAGACUUCACGUGCAGAUCCAGGAGUGCCUCCAGCAUUUCUUGGUCAUUUCAACGAAGCAAAUCUCUGUUCUGCUUGCCCACAGUGAACUCCUCUUCAGCGCCAGAGACAUUUCAUUUCAGUGAACCAUUUCAGUUUUUAAACACUGGGUCACCUGCAACCAGGUUAAAAACAUGGAAAUGCAGCCCCAAGCUUAACAUUGAUGACUUGGAAGGUGCCCAAGAGACUGAUGUGGACACAGGGAUGAAGCUAUCCUUCUCAGACCUAUCUGUGGUUUCUGCAUACUCUGCCCUUAAUGGGUUUUGCAGUGAGUUGGAAGACUCUCUUCCAUCACAGAAACAAACUAUCAGUAGGGCUAAACAGGCAGCCACAGGUGGAAGGCCUCUAUCAGCCAUGUGCAAUACUUUUGAGACAGCUGAUGGUUCACUGCCUUCUCUCUCAGAAUGGUCUUCCAGCUCUUUCAUGUCAGCAUCUCUCUCUGAGCAACACAAACAGCCCUUGAGAGCAGCUCCCUGUAAUCUGGAUGAUCAUGUUUGCCCAGCUUCACCAGUCAGUGAAGAAGAAUUUUACAUCUGAGGUUUCUCUAACUUACACCUUCCACAGGAAAUGUGUUCUACUUGUGAAUGACAGCAGUGGGUCCACCCUGAGCUUACAGAAGGUCCCUUGCUGAGGAGAAGGUGAUGCAGAAGUGUGUCAAAUAUUUGAAGAAAAUACUCAGAACCAUCUGGGAUUGGCAUUCCUAAAUGGGGUAAAGUAAAGCAGUCUGAGAUUACAACCUGUGUUUUUGUACUGGAGGAUAUGAUCAGCACAGAGGCUUUUGCACAGCAGCACAAGGUGGAUUUUUUCUGACCAGCCCUUGGACUGAUGGUGGAGGAAAUGCCAGAAGAGACACAUAGUAUUCCAUUUUAAUUUGGCAGAAAAUGAAGACUAAUUUGUAAAACAAACUGCUUUAACUUUUUUGAGAAAUUUCCUUAACUCAGGAAAGGUGGGAAAAUAAAGGAGUCUUGCUUCUCUUUCACUGAUUCCAAAGGCAGCCCUAAGCACAGCAGGUCCCAGCAGCACAGCCCCAGUAGGGUCAAGAAAGAAGUUUUUUGUGACAAAGUAGUUUCCUUCCAAACUUCCAAGCUGGCAGUGGUGAGGUGGGGUAUAAUCACACAAACAUCAAGGUCUUCAAGAUCAUCUAAGUCCAAGUGACAACCUAGCGCUACCAUAAUCACCCCUAAACAAUAUCUACAAGUGCCACAUCCUGUCAUCUCUUAAACACUUCCAGACACUGACCCUACCAAAUCCCUGGACAAUUUAUUCUAAGGUCUGACUACCCUUUCAUUGAAGACUUUUUUCCUAAUAUCUAAUCUGAUCCUCCCCUGAUGCAAGUUAAGGCUGUUUGUUCUCAUUGUUGCACUCAAGAUAUGGCAGAGAGACCAACCCGCACUUCACUGCAACCUCUUUUCUGGUAGUUGUAGAGAUCAGCGAGUCAUUAACCCCUGAGCCUCCUUUCUUUCAAACUAAAAAAAUCCCAGUUCCCUCAGCUGUUCCUUAUCAGACUUUUGCUCCAAACAUUUCACCAGCUCCAUUGCCCUUCUCUGGACAUGCUCCAGCCCCUCAAUGUCCGUCCUGAACUGAGGGGCCCAGAACUGAACACAAGGAUUCAAGGUGCAGCUUUCACCAGUGCCAAGUACAGGUGUCAAUCUCUGCCCAGGUCCUGCUGGCCAUGCCAUUCCUGACACAGGCCAGGAUGCCAUUGGCCUUCUUGGCCACCUGGGCACAUGCUGGCUCAUGUUCAGCUGGCCAUUGACCAGCAUCCCCAGGUUCUUUUCCAGCCACUCUUCCCCCAGCCUGUUGCAAUGCAUGGGGUUGUUUUGGCCCAAGUGCAGGACCCAGCACUUGGUUCAUCUUACUGAGCUCCACAAGACUGUCCUCAGCCUAUUGAUCCAUCUGUCACAAUCACUCUGGAGAGUCUUCCUGCCCUCCAGCAGAUCAACACGCCCAUCCAAUUUGGUGUCAUCUGUGAACUUACUGAAGAUGCACUCAGUCUGUCAUCUAAAUCAUCAAUGAAGAUGUGAAACAGAGCUGAGCCUUGGGGAACACCACCAGUCACCAACAACUAACUGGAUUUAGUUCCAUUCACCACCACUCUUUGGGCCUGGCCACCCAGCCAGUUUUAUUCAGUUAAGAGUCCACCCAUCCAAGCCAUGAGCAACCAGUUUCUCUCAGACAGUGCUGUGGGAGACAGUUUCAAAUGCUUUCCUAAAGUCUGGAUAGACAAUACCCACAGACUUUCUCUCACCCAAUUGUCAUAAAAGGAGAUCAGGUUGAUCAAGCAGGAUUUAUUUUUCAUAAACCCAUGCUGGCUGGGCCUGAGCCCUUGGUUGUCCCGUACGUGCCACAUGAUGGCACUCAGGAUGAUCUGCUCCAUGACUUUCCCCAGUGCCAAGGUCAGGCUGACAGAUCUGUAGUUCCCCAGGUCAUCCUUCCAGCCCUUCUUGUAGAUGGGCAUCACAUUUGCUAAUUUCCUGGGACUUCUCUGGGAAACCAAAACUGCUGGAAAAGGCUUGAAAUGGGUUUGGCAAGAUCUUUUGCCAGCUCCCUCAAUGCUCUCAGCUGCAUCACAUCAGGGCACACAGAUGUGUGUCUAACUGGGACAGAAGGUCAUUAACCCAUUCCUCACAGAUUAUGGGGACUUCACUCAGCUCCUCAUCCCUAACUUCCAGCUGUCAUUACUGGGUAUGCUGGGGGCAGCUGUUUUUGGUGUUAAAUACUGAGGCAAAAAGGCAUUAGGUACCUCAGUAUUUUCCUCAUCCCUUGACAAUGUGCUGCCCUGUGCAUCCAGCAAAGAAUGGAGACUCCUUAGCCCUCCUUUUGCUGCCAAUGUAUUUAUAGAAACUUCUUCAGAAGAAGCGUCACUCCUUCCCCAGAGAAGAGGAAAUUCCAUUGUAUAUUUGGACAGACCAGGAUGCAGAAAGUGCCAAAAGGGAAACCUUAGAGAACAUUUUCAGCCCCCUCACCUAGAAAGCCCAUCCUGUUCAGCUAGGAGGGAGCCCUCUGUCUGUUUUCUGAACCACUUGUAUAGACAGUGAUAACCUGAGUAAGCUAUGUUUGCUACUCCUAACUCAGGCAGUACAGCUGAGCUUUUUGGAAUACAAACCAAGAAAGAUAACACAGCAUUUUUAUAUAUUGCUACACCAUUAGACCCAAAUAAAAGACAGCUCCCUGCUUUUAAUGGGUUAUUAUUUUUCUGUUAAAAAUAAUUCAUGCAGAAACUUCUUCUUCUUAUUUCCAGUGCAAGCAUACUUCUUUCUGGAUAAAACUUAUUUCUUCUUGAAUACCUCUCCCCAAAGGGAAAAAAGGUCAGAUUUUCUGGCUUUCAGAAGAUGUUUUUAAAAUAUGCAUUUUUGAUAACCUGUUUUGUUCCAAUUAAGUUGGUAUUAAAAAAAAAAAAAAAAAAGUAAGUGAAAAGCUGCUAAUAUGACAGCUAAAUACCUUCACCAGGAUUUAAGUCAUAUAAACAAAUUUUAUUAUGUGUAUUCUGAAAAGUUGUAUUUUUGGCUGACAAGUGUCACUGAUCACAGCUCUGGUUGAGCCACUGGGGAUGAUGUUAAAAGGUGUGUGUAUAAUGCUGGAUGUAACCUAUAUACAGGUGUAAAUGCUGAUGGCAUUGUGGUGCAUGGAAUAAAAAUUCAUUUUCAGAGAAAGAUAUUUGCUGUAUUGCCAGGUAAUUUUAAGCAAAAGAAUUUCUGCUUUGGAGGGUGAAAAAAAGGUGGAAAAGCACACCAUACUGUAAAUAAUAGUUACAAAAAGUGGAACCGCUCCUCUGGCCUGUUUCGGUAAGUGAAGGGUUUUUACAAAUUAUGCUGGAAGAAAAUCUAGAGGAAAAUUAGUGCAGUUUUUAGGGGAGGAACCUGCAGCCUGAAUCCAGAAGAGGCCAGAAGGAUAGUCAAGGCUUUUCCUUCUGCUGUUAUUUUCUUCACACAGGAGAAAAGGCAACAAAAUGAAGUCCAAGUCUCCUCUCUGUGAGAUGCUGUCAUAGCAUUUACCAAGGGUAGACUUUUUCUUUUGUGCUAUAGACAAUGAAUAAAUAGGAAAGUCUAUUAAGGUAAAGAGCACAGAAGAGUAUCAGCCUUCUGCCCUCUAAAACUGUUUAGGCUUUCUGCAGUUUUGGGUAAACUGUUCUCUUUCUGGAACCAAAAAUAGCACUAAUGAAGAAUUUGUCAUGGUGUGUUUACCUGCUCUGUGCUCCUUCAGACCCCACGCAGUCUUUCCUCUGACUGUUGUGACCUUUAGAUCAAAUCCUUCCCUGGAACAUGUGAACCUGAUUUAUCUAAAGUUGUAUCCCCAUGUUAUUGUAUGUACCCUGCCAAAAUAUAUAUAAAACACUAUGAAGUCAGACUAGCCACUUUUUCCAUCAGCUUGCAUUUCACCAUACAAACAGUGAUGCCUAGGACAGUCAGCAUCCACAGGUUUAAAUUUAUGCUUCAUCAUUUUCUGUCCAGAAUCAUGGUAUUUUUCACAAUAUUUUAAUAAUACAGAAAACAUUUGAUCUGGAUAUGAAAUAAAAAACUCGUUUGAGCUGAUGUAGCUGUCUGAUCCUGGCAUCAUGCCAACACUCCUGACAAAAAGCUGAUUGGGGUUUUUGAUGAAGAGGAAGCUCUGAACCAUUUUUCUGCUAAGACAUGCCUCUGGAAGGAGUCCAUCACAUCUGGGGGCUGUUGCCUGCUGCAGCAGGAAGCACUGGUAUUGGAGGUCCACAGGGAAGCACAGGACAGCUCAAGUGUCAGUCAUGAAAUUUGUGUGUGUUAUUAACCAGCAGCUCCACAAGCAUCUCUGCUCCAGAUUUUGCCACAUUAAUCCUGAUGGGAAGAGAGCCAAACUAGUGUCCACAGACUCUGCAUUUGUACUGUCCCCACUGGUUCUGUCUCUGUUCUGUUUACUGAUAUCUAACUAGAGAUUAAAGUUUUAAUUGUUUACAUUGAUGGUGCUUGUAACCAAAUCUUGUAAAAAGAUAAGUGUCCUACUGUCAGGAAAAACAGAGGUGAUAAUGUACAGAAAACUUUCUGUCUAUAAAAAGGCAGACUAUGAAGUGUGUUUCACUGAAGGUAGGCUUCAUUAAUUCUCUUCCCAUUAUUUAAGAAGGGGCUUAUCUCUUCAGAGACUUGAAUAUGCACAAGUUUCAUGGCAUUUACUAUUGAUUUGGUUAAAUUAUCAACAGUGUAUUUUGAGAACUGCAGGUUUUUCCUUAACUUUCUCUCCUUCUCACCCCCGAAUGCACUGCUUUUGUGAAAUAAAAUAGAGAUGAAAAGUCAAUUAUACACAA